CCCGCCUCCAGGUUUCCUCAGCGGGAGACCCUGGAUACGUGGCUUCGGGUUGGUGCUGCCCAGCUCCUGUGCGCUGCGAGGCCAGGACCAUAAGGGACAGGCCCUGCCUCGGUGUGUGCGUGGCCCAGGCCUCCCCUGCGGCCGGGCGGCCUCGCGGGGCCAUGUGCGGCGGGCUGCGCUGCUCCCCAGGCCCGGGACCUCGCGCGCCGCGGGAGGAGUGGGGUUCGGCUGACGCCUCGCGGCUCCGCUUCUCGCCGCCGUUUCCCCCUCCGUCCGGCGACCGCGAGGAUGGACCAGGCCGAGGGCCCCGUGACCUUUGCGGAUGUGUUUGUGUAUUUCUCCCCGGAGGAGUGGGAGCUUCUUGAGGAGGCUCAGCGAUUCCUUUACCGAGAUGUGAUGCUGGAGAACUUUGCACUUGUGGCCACACUGGGUUGUUCGUGUGAAGCAGGCAAUGAGGAGGCCCAUGCUGAGCAAAGCAUUUCUGUAAAAAAAGUGUCACAGAUCAGGACCGAGCCAGGUCUUUUCUUCCAGAGAGCCCACCCAUGUGGGAUGCAUGAUACACUCUGGAAAGCCAUUGCGCACCUGGGUGAACAUCAGGGCUCACAUGUUAUGCAGAAUGUGUGUAGAUGUGAGCCACAUGAAAGAGGAUUUUCAUUCAGUACAAAAUUUUACAGUCACCAGAAGCAGCACUGUGGAGAUACUCCAUUUGUGGGGAAUGAUAGACCUGACUCUCGUGUGAAGAGCUGUCCAGCCCAUGUAUUAGGGAUACCUGUUGUGUGCAGGGUGGACUUGCUGGCUGGUACUAUCUGCUUCCAGCCCCAGCCCCCACACAGUGAAGUGAUUGCGCAUGGAAGGAAGGAGUGCACAGAGUCUCUCCCAGCCAGCUCCAAUGUGGGGCAACUCCAGGAACACCGUGACAGACAGCUGAUUUUCAGUGGCAGCAAUAAUGGAAAAGACUUCCUAUGUACUAUUCCUUGUCUUGACAGCCAGAGAACUCAAACUGAUUUGAGUCCCUUUAGAUGCCUACCAUAUGGAAAAGUGUUUGAGCAUACAUUAAGUCUUUUCCAUCACAGAGAAAUUCAUGGUGGAGAAAGAGCUCAUAUGUAUAAGGAGUGUGGAAAGGCCUUCAAUCACCUGUCUCACCUAAAAAUGUACCAGAAAUGCCACACUGGAAAGCGACAUUACAUGUGCUGUGAAUGUGGAAAGAGCUUCAGCCGUAAAGACACACUUGUUCAGCAUGAGAGAGUUCACACUGGAGAGAAGCCUUUUAAGUGCAGUGAAUGUGGCAAAGCCUUCAGCCGUAAAGACACACUUGUUCAGCAUGAGAGAGUUCACACUGGAGAGAAGCCUUUUAAGUGCAGUGAAUGUGGCAAAGCCUUCAGCCGUAAAGACACACUUGUUCAACACCAGAGAUUUCACACUGGAGAGCGGCCCUAUGAGUGUAGUGAAUGUGGGAAAUUCUUCAGCCAAAACUCCCACCUUGUUGAGCACUGGAGAAUUCAUACCGGGGUGAGGCCAUACAAGUGCACUGAAUGUGGGAAGUUCUUUAGCCAUAAGUCUAGCCUCAUGAAACAUCAGCGAGUCCACACAGGAGCAAGGUCUUAUGUGUGCAGCAAGUGUGGGAAAGCUUUUAGCUGCAGAGACACACUUGUUCAGCAUCAGGUAAUUCACACUGGUGUGAGGCCUUAUGAAUGCAGCCAGUGUGGGAAGGCCUUCAGCCGGAAGGACACCCUUAUGAAGCACCAGAAAAUCCACACUGGUGAGAGGCCUUAUGGGUGCAGUGAAUGUGGGAAGUUAUUCAGACAUAGCUCCAACCUUAUUGUACACCAGAGAAUUCACACUGGGGCAAGGCCUUAUGAGUGCAGUCAAUGUGGAAAGCGCUUCAGCCACAACUCCAGCCUCAUUCUUCACCAGAGAGUUCACACUGGGGCAAGGCCUUAUGUGUGCAGUGAGUGUGGAAAAGCCUACAUUAGUAGCUCUCACCUUGUUCAACACAAGAAAGUUCACACCGGAGCAAGGCCUUAUGAGUGCAGCAUGUGUGGAAAAUUCUUCAGCCGCAACUCUAGCCUCAUUCUCCACCAGUGAGUGCACACUGGAGAAAAGCCUUAUGUCUGCAAUGCAUGUGGGAAGGCAUAUAGCAGGAGUUCCCAUCUUAUGAGGCACCACAGA